CAGGGCCACAAGUGGAAAGGCCCUACGCGUCCACUGAGGGGAAGCGAGCCCCCUUUUCCCCUUCCGCGGGAACUAUCCUGGAUAGAAGUCACCCCGCUGAGCCCAAAGUUGGAACAUUUUUUGAAAUCUCCCUCCUGAACAAAAGAUGAGGUUGUGGUACUUCCCUGGGUUCCUCAUAAUCAGUUUGCUGUACUUCUGGAUCCCAUCAUCCAUUUGCUGCAACAAAGCUCUCUGUGCUAGUGAUGUCAGCAAAUGCCUAAUACAGGAGUUGUGUCAAUGCCGACCUGGUGAAGGAAACUGUUCUUGCUGUAAGGAGUGCAUGCUUUGUCUAGGCACACUUUGGGAUGAAUGCUGUGACUGUGUUGGUAUGUGUAACCCUCGGAAUUAUAGUGACACACCUCCCACUUCGAAAAGUACUGUGGAGGAGCUGCAUGACUCGGUCGCUUCCCUUUUCCGAGCACUUACAGAAGGCGACACUAACCUGAACUGGAAAAUUGUGUCCUUUCCCGUUGCAGAGGAGCUUUCGCCUCAUGAGAAUUUAGUCUCAGUUUUAGAAACCGUGAACCAUCCACAGCAUCACAAUGUUUCUGUUUCAAACAAUGUUCAUCCUCCAUAUUCUAGUGAAAAAGAACGCAUAUGUACUGUGGUUUACUUCGAUGACUGCCUGUCAAUAUACCAAUGCAAGAUCUCUUGUGGCUCUAUGGGUGCCUCCAAAUACCGAUGGUUUCACAAUGCCUGCUGUGAAUGUAUUGGACCUGAUUGUGUUGACUACGGGAGUAAAAUUGUAAGAUGCUCAAAUUGUAUGUUUUGAAAUUAAACCAUUCAAUUUUAUUAUGGCAGACACCAAAGAAUGUGUGGGAGGGAGGGAGGUAUACUUUGCAUAUACAGGUAGUCCUUGACUUGCAACAGUUCAUUUAGUGACCGUUCAAACUUGGAACGGCACUGAAAAAAGUGAUUUAUGACUGUUUUUCAGAGUUACGACCUUUGCAGUAUUCCCACGAUCAUGUGAUCACUUUUUGCAACCUUCUAACAAGCAAAGUCAAUGGGGAAGCCAGAUUCACUUAACAACCGUGUUACAAACUUAACUGCAGUGUUUCACUUAACAGCUGUGGCAAAAAAGGUCAUAAAACUCACUUAACAAUUGUCUCCCUUAACAACAGAAAUUUUGGGCUGAAUUGUGGUUGUAAGUCAAGAACUACCUGUAUUACUUUGGAUGGUACAGCUGCAGCACAGUUGAAAGGACCGAGACAUGUAUAUUAUUUUAAAUAUGUAAUAUUACACUUUAAAUCAUUGGAGCAAUUAAUUAGUAAAUGUUUAGAUUUGGUUUUGAUUGGGCAAUGAAUGAAGUUUCGUAAGUUGAAUUUUAUUUCAGGCUACUGAUUAAUCUGCAUUAAGUAGAUGAUCAUGAAAGUUUACCAGAAUCAUAAUUUGGAGUUCUGAAUUAAGCACUGUUAUAUUUUUUGAGCUUUUCACGUGUGCCAGUUGUGGACUGUGAAUUGCUUCUAUAGACCAUGCAGAUUACCUGUUUACCCCAGCAAUAACUAUUUGUUUUUAAGAAAGAAAACAAAUUUAAAUUGCUUUUUUGUUUUAAGAAUUUACCCUCCUUAUGAAUAACACCUUAUAAAAAAAUUGAUACACUUAUUAUGUCCUUUUCAUUGCACCCUUCUUGUCUGUGCUUCCCUAACUCUUGACCUCAACUAGUUUGUUUUGAACAAAAUGGAAGGAGUUUUGGAUAUUAAAUUGUAAAUCAUAGUAAUUCAGUAAAACAACAUGGGGUUUAGAUUAAGUAGGAAAUUAUUUUAAAAAUUAUAGCCAAUGCUAUCUACUAAAAUUUAUAUACUUGCUUGCCCAUUUUCCUAUUUCUAAUUUUAGAUUCUCAUAAUACACUAUUUAAAUGUUAGUGUUAACAAACUGCCUAAUUUAUUACUGUCAUUUGUUGUUUAUGGAAACUAUACUUUUAUAUGAAAAUAUGUCUAGAAACUGAUACUUUUAUGAUUUUUAUAAUUGAUAGAAUCCAGGUUGGGAUUGUAAAAAAUAUGGUUGCUGUUCUCAAAGAUUAGACAGGAUUUUUCAAACUUUUUCAGGUGGAACCUAUUAAAGAGAAAAAAUUCCUAGAAUCCCUGAUCAAAACACAAAGUUUAGGGAUAAAAAAUUGGCUGUGUUCAAGUAUCCAUAGAAUCGGUUUUUUUCUAUUGAACAUUUUUAAAAUAAUUCUGGAGGAGAGGAACAGUCAGUUGUUAAAUAGGGUCCUGCAAUGCCUCUUCCCAUCUCCAUCAGAUAUUGGAGAUUUAGUCAAAGUUGUUUCUACUGCUAUGCAUUUAUCAAGUGAGAUAACAUCACACAGCAUCACAUGGAACAGAUUUAUGACCAUAAUGGAGCCUGGAAUUUCUGUCUUAAGUUAUGACGGUUGUAAGUCAAGGCACCCGUGUGAAUGGACCCAAUCUCAUGUAUGUUUUCUUUCAGUGAUCAUUAAAAGUGAAUGCUGCGAUCAUUAAGUAAACACUGUAGUUGUUAAGCAACACCAUGUAUUCCUAUGGGCUUUUUUUUUUUUUUUUUGGCCAGAUUCUGGCUGAAAGAGUCAGAACAUUGUAAAUAUUGUAAAUCAUGGUCAUGUGACUGCGAAAUGCUGCAACCAGCUGUAAAGGUGAUCCAGUUAUCAAAACACCUGAAAUGUAGUCAUGUGACAACAGGAAUGUACAGUCAUCAGAAUUCCACAAUUAGCUUUUGGACGGAAGGUUUGUCUUCAAACAAUUGCUUGGUACGGUUAGAAGAAAACAGGAUUACCUGUAUUGUAUAUUUUUAAAUGUGAGCUACAGGUAAAUCUUGAUAUAUUUUAUCUAAUUUAAGACAGUCUGAGUGGUAAACCUCAAUACUUUUCAUUCAGAACUAGUAUACAGUUGUAACACUGGAUUUCCAUGGAGAAAAGAUAUAUAACUACUUAAAGAAAGAAUCUGUAUAUAAAAUCUUUCUCCUUCCUUAUUCCAGUUCAUUUAUUUUGCAAAUAAAUGUUUUACAUCUUUGUUGGCUGGGGAAUUCUAGGAGUUGAAGUCCAUACAUCUGAAACUUGCCAAGAUUGAGAAACAAUGUUGUAGACAAUGAUUCCAUUGUAUUAUUUUUAAUUUCUCCAAACAUUCAGGGCAACCAAUUAAAUGUUGUUGGCUGUGUCUUAAUGAAUUAUAGCAAGAGAUGAUGAAAUCAGCACUGCAAGUACUUCCAAAUUUGGAAGGGGAUGGGUGGGGUUUAGUCCGCUCAAUUACAACUCCAUUAAUACACAGAUGACAAUAUUCAGCAGCUUCCCCCGCUCCAUGUAGAAUUCUUUGAUUUUAUAAUGUAGUAUUCACAAGGUAUAUCUUACAGUCUUACUUCCUGGAGGAAACAGUAACAGCCCUAUAGGUAAUUUAACUUGAUUCUAUCUAUAACAGAAAAUUAUACCUUAAAAUGGAGGACUGUUAUAACAAGUUAUGCAUUUAAUCAAUUGGCAAUGUAUUGCAAUAGGAAGUCUGUUCUAUAAAGUGGCAAAGAAAAUUGUUCAAUGUAAUAGUCUUCGAGUAAAAAAAUUUCUAUAUAAUUUUGAAUGCUCAGCCUGUAAAAUGCAUAAUUCUGAUGAUUAUUUUCUCAUUCUGUUAGGGUGGAUUUAUGAGAUUAUUGUAAUAGUUUAAAAAGUAUUGCAAGAAAUAAUUGAAUUUGGAAUGACUCUUUGUUGUUUAUUAUAGAAAUUCUUCAACCUUUAAAUAUAUAUUAGAAAGAGUGGUUCUGUUAAUCUACAGUGUAAUUCAUAAUACAAUUAAAAUCAUCUUCCAGAUGUAUAUGCAAUUACAGUAAUAAUUUACAACACUAUUAUUUCCUUACUUUUUAUAUUGUCCAAGAAUGUUUUAAUAAACAACACCUUGUUUAUCUA